UAUGUGUUUACUAGCAAGAGAGUAUGAGAUUGAAUAAAUUUAAUUGAUUUGGGAUAAGAUGUUCGAGAAGUUUAAGAAAAUCAAACUGAAAUUUUUAGAUGCCAUGGUAUUAACUAUGAUGAUUUAAUUAAAACCUUAAUGUAAAAAAUUAAAGAUUAAUAUUAUAAGUACUCAAGAUUGAAUACAUAAACAAUUUUGAAGUUUUGUUAUUAUUCCAAAAUUACCCAGCAAAGGAUAACUAUUAAUAAAUGAUUGCAUAGGCAGAAAAAAUAGAAAGUAAAACAUAUAUAUGAUAAUAAAUAUAGAAUAAUUAAGAGGAUUGGAGAAAACAUCAUGGAUUGAGAUUAUAAAGAGAUUCAAUAUACCUUACACUUUAAUGAUUUAUUUUCGGAAUAAUUGAACUAUUGAUUUGAAUUAAU